AUGGCAUCAUCAUCGCCACACAGAUACUUAGCUCUUUUCGCAGUCGCAUCACUAAAGUGUUGUUAUUGCCAAAAUGUCACAGUAGAUUCCGACGGCUGGAACAACGCCGGUGGUACUUGGUACGGUGAGGCUGACGGCGCCGGUAGCAGCGGAGGAGCUUGUGGAUAUGGCUCGGCAGUUGCCAGUCCACCUUUUUACGCUAUGAUUUCAGCCGGAGGACCUUUACUGUUCAACAAUGGACAAGGAUCGUGUUCAAGGAGACCGAAAAGGGUGACGAUAACCGACGAGUGCCCAGGGGGUCCUUGCGCCUCUGAACCGGUCCACUUUGACCUUAGCGGCAAAGCCAUUGGUAAACUAGCCAGACAUGGCCAAGCCGAUCAACUUCGAGCCGCUGGUGUUAUACGUGUUGCUUACAGACGUACUCCGUGUUCAUAUCAAGGGACUACUAUUGCUUUCCAUAUUGACGCCGGUGCAAACCCCUACUACAUUGCAUUUGUUGUUGAUUACGAAAACGGCGACGGAGAUUUGGCCUCCGUUGAGAUUCAACCAGCGGGCGGAGGAUUUAUCCCCAUGCAAGAAAUGAGGUCCGCCGUGUGGAAGGUAAACUCCGGCAGUGCUUUGAGCGGUCCGUUCAACAUUAGACUUACUUCUGGCGAGACUCGUAAAAUAAUUGUCGCUGAAGCUGUUAUUCCGGCGAAUUGGAGAGCCGAUGAGACUUACCGGUCAAUCGUUAACUUUUAG